AUGACAUCCCCAACAACAAUCCUCCUCCUCGGAACAUGCGACACCAAACUCCCAGAACUCCUCUACACAAAAUCCGCCAUAACAUCAUCACAAACCUUUGGAACCAUCAAAGUCCUAAUGAUGGACAUCGGCCACGGCCCAUCCACCUCCACCGAAGUCGACAUAAAACAAUCCGACCUCCUCUCCAGCGCCGCUGAACCACAAGCACAAAUGUCCACCCUAGACCGCGACACUUACAUCCAAACCCUCUCAACGCACGCCGCAAGCUACAUCUCGAACCUGCACCAACAAGGACUCAUCCACGGAAUCCUCGGCAUAGGCGGCUCCUGCGGUACAUCCCUCGCAACAACCGCCAUGCGCGAGGGUUUACCAGUCGGCUUCCCAAAACUAAUGGUCUCAACAAUGGCAUCCGGCGACGUAUCUCCGUACAUCGGCGAAACAGACAUCGGGAUGAUGUACAGCGUCGUCGAUAUCGCGGGUCGGAACAGGGUUUUGGAGAUGGUGCUUAGGAAUGCGGGGGGUGCGAUUGCCGGUAUGGCAACCUCCUACCAUGCCCAGCUCUCUGAAUUUCCGGAAGGAAAGACUGGUGUCCGAAUUGGAAUCUCCAUGUUCGGCGUUACGACGCCAGCUGUCACGGUUGCCCGUGAACAUCUUGAGAGUAUCUUGCCAGGAUGUGAAGUGUACGUAUUCCACGCGACGGGGUCCGGGGGACGCGCGAUGGAAAGGCUUAUUGGCGAGAAACAACUUGAUGCUGUUCUUGAUCUUACGACAACGGAAAUGGCAGAUGAGGUUGUGGGCGGGGUACUUAGUGCCGGUCCUGAACGACUGACUGCCGCGACGAGGAGGGAUAUCCCGCGUGUUGUGAGUGUGGGCGCGUGCGAUAUGGUUAAUUUUGGAAAGUUUGAGUCUAUUCCGGAGCGGUUUGCCGGUGACACUCACACGAAGCGCAAGUUCCAUCGGCAUAAUCCGACUGUUUCGCUGAUGAGGACUACGGGGGAGGAAUGUGCUGAGAUUGCGAGGAGGAUUGCGAGGAAUAUUUCUGGCAAAGCUACAGCCCAGUCUGGUUGUGGUAAGGUUACGAAGACGAGGGUGCUCUUGCCUACAGGUGGCGUGAGCAUGAUAGAUGUGCCUGGCCAGCCGUUUUGGGAUCCGGAGACCGAUGAGGUGCUUUUUAAGACGUUGGAGAAGGAGUUGCAAGGGACGGGGAUUGAGGUUGUGAGGGAUGAGAGGGAGGUGAAUGAUUCCGGGUUUGCGGUGCGUGCCGCGGAGAUGUUGAGAGAUCUUAUUGAAAGUUGUUCGAAUUGA